CCUUCCUAUGUCUUUUCCCUUCCCCGCUCUGUCUUUUUCUUUCUUCACCCCUGCCUUUUCCCUUCCCCAGCUGUCUUUUCCCUUCCCAGACCUGUCUUUUCCCUUUCCCGUUGCUUUUCCCCACCCACCCUGUCUCUUUUAGCCCCAGCCCUGUCUCUAACCGCCGCAGCCCCAGCCCCAGCCCCAGCCCCGUCUCUUCCCAAGCUCCGUCUCUUCCCGCCUUAGUCUGGGCUCCACAGACCCCAGCUCUUGCUUCCAGACCCAACCCUAGUAUGUGGAUCCGGGACCCCAGAGGAUUGUCGAGGAUCUUCUUCCUUCUUCUCUCAAGGGCCCUGACCGAAGUCUGGGCGGGCCUCCACUCCCUGAGGUACGUCUACACUGCUGUAUCCCGGCCCGGCGGGGAGCCCCGCUUCACUGCAGUCGGCUACGUGGACGACACGCAGUUCGUGCGCUUCGACAGCGACUCGGCGAGUCCGAAGGCCGAGCCGCGGGCGCAGUGGGUGGAGCAGGAGGGACCCGAGCACUGGGAGCGGGAGACGCGGAUCUACAAGGUCACCGCGCAAAAUUUCCGCGUCAGCCUAAACACUCUGCGCGGCUACUACAACCAGAGCGAGGCAGGCUCUCACACCUACCAGUGGUUGUGCGGCUGCGACGUGGGCUCAGACGGGCGCCUCCUGCGCGGCUACAGUCAGUUCGCCUACGACGGCGCCGACUACAUCGCCCUGAACGAGGACCUGCGCUCCUGGACCGCGGCGGACACGCCGGCUCAGAUGACCCAGAGCAAGUGGGAGAGGGGCUCGGUGGCAGCAGAAAACAGAUUCUACCUGGAUGGGGAGUGCGUUGAAGGGCUCAGCCGAUACCUGGAGGAGGGGAAGGAGACGCUGCUGCGUGCAGAAGCCCCCAGAAGUCACAUCACCCACCACCCCUUCUCUGACCGGGAGGUCACCCUGAGGUGCUGGGCCCUGGGCUUCUACCCUGCCGAGAUCACCCUGACCUGGCAGCGUGAUGGGGAGGACCUGACCCAGCACACAGAGCUGGUGGAGACCAGGCCUUCAGGGGAUGGAACCUUCCAGAAGUGGGCGGCUGUGGUCGUGCCUUCUGGAGAGGAGCAGAGAUACACGUGCCGUGUGCAGCACCAGGGGCUGCCGGAGCCUGUCACCCUGAGAUGGGAGCCCCCUUCUCAGUCCACCAUCCUCACUGUGGGCAUCAUUGUUGGUCUGGCUCUCCUUGGGGCGGUGGUCACUGGAGCUGUGGUGACAGCUGUGAUCUUCAGGAAGCAAUCAGAUGCCAAAAAGAAACUACCCUCAGUUUGCAACAACAGUGCCCAGGGCUGUGAUGAGUCUCUCAUACACCCUACAGUGUGAGACAGCCAUCAGCAUGGGCCAGCGGGCCCCGGGAGUUCCUCACACCCCCACUCUGUGAUUCAAGACCCACUGAUUCUCUUUCAACCAAAAGAUCUGAUUGUGUGUGAUUUCUUAUCACAUACUUUGAGGAGGUGGGAGACAGGGUCCCAUACUGAUCUGUUCUCUUCCCUGAUCUACUUUGUUCUUUGGCAGUUCCCAUAUGGGAACUUGGAACUUGGCUCUGUCCAUCCUUUUCGAACUUUCUAUUUUCCAGAAUAAUAAUAUCUAUUCCCUACUGAAAUUGUUCUAUGGAAAAAAAUUUAAAACAUUUUAUUAAACUGAGUAGCAACAGGGAUAGAGAGAUAGUACAGUGUAGUACAGUGGGUACGUCCUUGCCUUGCACGCAACCGAUCUGGGUUCAAUCCCUAGAGCCCCAUAUGGCCCCCAAAUCCAUCAGGAGUGAUCCUUGAGGCAGAGCCAGGAGUAACUAUCCCUGAGCAUCAUUGGGUG